AUGCUCCAACCACUGUUCAACAAGACAAACAGAGACUACGUGCCUUUACCCGAAUCUCCCGUCUCCAACAAAUUUCGACCUCCAUCGGACAGGCAUAAGGAGAACGACGGGAAGGGUUGUCAUGCCUCGCGCAUUUCUGAAGAUGAUUCCGACGCACCCGAGCCAUUCUUCGCUCCCCAGGGCGAGAGCAUCAAGUAUUUCGCGAAAACGCGUCCUGCCCCGCUCCUGAGGGAGCUGCCGUCCCUCAAGAAGCUAGAUUUUCAUACUGACCUGUUUUUCCCCCUCUCUCCGGCGAAACACGUGCUGCUGAAGUCCAGGCUUCUUGAAUUCAACAGGAAGGUGGCGAGAGUCCUGUUCCGGACCUGGAUCGUUAGCGUUCUCGAGAAGAAGGGGAUGGGAUAUAGAGAGUGGCGUAUAUACGUCCAGUGCCACAAGGCUCUGACGGCCCGCAGUGACAUAAACAAAGACAAUCUCCCGCGAAAGAGCCUGGAGAAGUUCCGGCUAAUGGGCGUGGAGCCCGAGGAUUUCAACGAUGAAGCCUGGAUGCCAGGCGCCUUCGAAGCUCCUACCCAGAUCUCGAAACUGACGUUUGAAGAGCGGAAGGAGCGGCUGGUCCGCAAGUUAGUCGCUGCCUUCCUAGUCGGUGUCGAGAAGCGGGCUGAGGAGCGCGAGCGCCUGGCAGAGCAGACUCGCGUACAGCAGCAAGAGGAAGGCUUUGAAGGGGACGGGGAAGAGUCUGUGAUUGGCGAGGGGGGCGACGUCGUCGCAGGUAAUGCUGAAAAUGAUGCAGCGGAAGGCGAAGACGACAGUGAGGUCCAGAGCACAGACAAAACCGUCGGUAGCGACGAUCCCAUCGAUGCUCCGGAGGCCGUGGAAGAUGCCGCAGAGAAGCCCUGUUGCCCCAACGACUCUUCUGAGGAGCCACCGACUGUCUCCCUCGAAGAGGGCAAUGCCGCCCGUUCCCCUGCCGUGGCUACGUCGCCUGCUCGAAGCGCGCCGUUCCGCGAGCUUGGCAACCUUUCGCCUUUGAAGCCAGCGGACGACGUCCUCGCGCGUUCUGCCGAGGAGAUUGGCGUGCUGACCACGGAAAACGCGGAAGGCCCGGCGCAAGACACUUCAGCGACGACGACCGCGAUCCUGAAAUGGGCGCCUUUCUCGACGCCUCCCCGACAGACGUCACCCAGUCUGCAUGUAAAGGUGGAACCUUCCGAACAGGAGGUUCCGCUGCCAGCACACCAUAUGCAUCUUCCCUUACAAGACAACACAUAUACUGAGCAGGGAGCAGAGCACCUGCAACCGGCGGCAGCCCGAGGGCCACCGGCGGAUUCCUUCGCCUGCCUCGCCAUCGGGAUGGGGCGAGCCCCGCGCGACGACUUCGAGCGCGAAGUCUACACCGAAGGCCUCGCGUGCGCGUACGCGCAGAUCCUCGCCCGGGAGAACCUGGAAUACGACUUCGCCAACCAGGGAAUGGAGCUCCCGCACAUCGAGGACGACGACAUGCUCAAGCCGCGCAUGGGUAACGUGUGGGCGUUGGAGCACGACGCCUACCAGACGGUGUACGCGAACGCGUUUGCCGAGGUCCUCGCGCAGGAGGCGCUCGAGGAGGAGGCGGAGGAUUCGGACGAGGAUGAGCGGCCGGUAGAGCGCAUGGACCAGGACUGGAAGGUCCAGAUUCGCCGCCCCCGACGCGCCGUCGAAGAGGUCGAGCUCGCCGAUGGGUCGGCCAUGGACAUCUCGUUCCAUGGGCCGGUAGACCCUAUGGAGUGCGAGGUGACCGAGGGUCCCGCUGACAUGCCUGUGACGAUUCUCGCGGGACUUGCCCACGUCGACGAGGAGCCGAUGGACGUCGACUUUCCCGACGAAGCCGGCGACAUCGACAUCCACGACGCGUCGAUGAUGUCGAUGGCCCCUUUUGACUUCGCCCAGCCUGCCCAUCCCUUACAGGACAUACUCGGCGCGUUUGGCAACAUCAGCCUCUGGUCAAAAGACGCCAUCGAAGUGGACGCGCACCUUGACUGUUAA